GUGGCUCAGCAGGGUUUUGCAGCCGCCUGGCUACAGCGCUUCAGUGCGGGGCGGGAGCUCAGAGAACCGCGGCCCGGAGCCGGGAGCCGGGGGAGCCCGCUGCCGGCCGAGCUGCGGCGGCCGUAUUUAGGGCGAUCUAGGUCCUAUCGACACUGUGGCCGGCGCUCGGAGGCUUCUGUAUCCGCCCGGUCCUAGGGAGGAGAGGACCAGACACUUUUAUUUUGGAUGAAAGGCUCGGGUCCUGGCGGGAGCUUCUUCCCGGCCUGGCUCGCGGCUCAGUGAGCCCUAGCUCUGGCCCCGACUCCAGAAGAUGACUUCAGGUUCCGCCGUGUAUCUACCAGUGGCUCGGGGAGGCCGGCGAAAGUAGUGACACUUGGUGGUAACGCCAGGUGGGAAAGUGAGCUUAGGCGACGAGGAGCCCCACUGUCCCCGAGGACCCCAGUGCCCACAGCUUCUUUCCUUCCCUUCCCCUCGGCUCCACCACGGCUGCAGCAUGAAGUGGCGCAGCGAUGGCCAGGAGAGGUAAGAAGCCGGUGGUGCGAACGCUGGAAGAUCUGACGCUGGACUCGGGUUAUGGUGGCGCGGCGGACUCUGUGCGCUCCUCCAACUUGUCUCUGUGCUGUUCUGACUCGCACCCGGCGUCCCCGUAUGGCGGGAGCUGCUGGCCGCCUCUAGCUGACUCCAUGCACAGCCGGCACAACAGCUUUGACACUGUCAACACUGCCCUGGUGGAGGACUCCGAGGGGCUGGACUGUGCCGGUCAGCACUGCUCGCGGCUGCUGCCGGACCUCGACGAGGUCCCCUGGACCCUCCAAGAACUGGAGUUGCUGCUGCUGCGCUCGCGGGAUCCCCGGGCAGGCCCAGCGGUCCCCGGCAGCCUGCCCAAGGACGCGCUGGCCAAGCUCUCCAUGCUGGUAAGCCGGGCUCUGGUGCGCAUCGCUAAAGAGGCGCAGCGCCUGAGCCUGCGCUUCGCCAAGUGCACCAAGUACGAGAUCCAGAGUGCCAUGGAGAUCGUGCUGUCCUGGGGCCUGGCAGCUCACUGCACCGCUGCCGCUCUGGCCGCGCUGUCCCUCUAUAACAUGAGCAGCGCUGGCGGCGACCGCUUGGGCCGUGGCAAGUCGGCUCGCUGCGGCCUCACCUUCUCCGUGGGCCGCGUGUACCGCUGGAUGGUGGACAGCCGCGUGGCGCUGCGCAUCCACGAGCAUGCCGCCAUCUACCUGACCGCCUGUAUGGAGAGUCUCUUCCGGGACAUCUACUCGCGGGUGUUGGCCUCCGGGCUACCUCGUAGCUGUAGCGGUCCCGGCCCUGGCUCUAGCUCCGGUUCUGGCCCAGGCCCCGGCUCAGGCCCGGGAGCCCCUGCAGCGGAUAAAGAGCGCGAGACGCCGGGAGGGGGAGCGGCGAGCGGUGGCCCUUGCAGCGCAGCCAGCAGCGCCAGCGGGGGCAGUAGUUGUUGCGCCCCGCCAGCCACGGCGGCGACCAUAGUCCCGCCAGCCACAGCCACCGCUGCCGCCGCCGCCAACCAUCAUCACCACCACCACACGCUUCACGAAGCGCCCAAAUUCACCGUGGAGACCCUGGAGCACACGGUCAACAACGACUCGGAAAUCUGGGGGCUCUUGCAGCCCUACCAGCACCUCAUCUGUGGGAAGAACGCUAGCGGUGUGCUGAGCCUGCCAGAGAGCCUGAACCUGCACCGAGACCCACAGCGGCCCAGCAAGCCGGGAGAGCUACCCAUGUUCAGUCAGUCGGAGCUGAGGACCAUCGAGCAGUCCCUGCUGGCCACGCGGGUGGGCAGCAUCGCCGAGCUCAGUGACCUUGUGUCCCGGGCGAUGCACCACCUACAGCCCCUCAAUGCGAAACACCACGGCAAUGGCACACCCCUGCACCACAAGCAGGGGGCGCUCUACUGGGAGCCGGAAGCCCUGUACACGCUCUGCUAUUUCAUGCACUGCCCGCAAAUGGAGUGGGAGAAUCCCAACGUGGAACCUUCCAAGGUCAACCUCCAGGUGGAAAGGCCCUUCCUCGUGCUGCCCCCUCUGAUGGAGUGGAUCCGAGUGGCCGUGGCGCACGCCGGCCACCGCCGCAGCUUUUCUAUGGACAGCGACGAUGUCCGCCAAGCCGCCCGGCUGCUGCUGCCGGGAGUGGACUGUGAGCCGCGCCAGCUCAAGGCGGAUGACUGCUUUUGUGCUUCUCGGAAGCUGGACGCAGUGGCCAUCGAAGCCAAGUUCAAGCAAGACUUGGGCUUCCGGAUGCUGAACUGUGGACGAACCGACCUAGUGAAGCAGGCAGUGUCUUUGCUGGGGCCGGAUGGAAUCAACACCAUGAGCGAACAGGGCAUGACCCCCUUGAUGUACGCCUGCGUCCGUGGGGACGAGGCAAUGGUGCAGAUGCUGCUGGAUGCCGGAGCUGACCUGAAUGUGGAGGUUGUCAGUACUCCUCAUAAAUAUCCAUCCGUCCACCCUGAGACCCGCCAUUGGACGGCUCUGACUUUUGCUGUGUUGCAUGGACAUAUUCCUGUAGUUCAGCUCCUCCUGGAUGCCGGGGCCAAGGUGGAAGGCUCAGUAGAACAUGGCGAGGAGAACUAUUCAGAAACUCCUCUCCAGCUUGCAGCGGCUGUUGGAAAUUUUGAGCUGGUUAGUUUGCUGUUGGAACGUGGUGCGGAUCCCCUGAUAGGAACCAUGUACAGGAAUGGAAUUUCUACAACCCCCCAGGGUGAUAUGAACUCUUUCAGCCAGGCCGCAGCCCAUGGACACAGGAAUGUGUUCCGCAAACUGCUCGCUCAGCCAGAGAAGGAGAAGAGUGAUAUCCUGUCCCUGGAGGAGAUUCUGGCUGAGGGGACUGACCUGGCAGAAACAGCCCCGCCCCCCUUGUGUGCCAGCCGCAACAGCAAGGCCAAACUGAGGGCCCUGAGGGAGGCCAUGUAUCACAGCGCUGAGCAUGGCUACGUGGAUGUCACAAUUGAUAUCAGGAGUAUAGGUGUCCCAUGGACUCUGCACACGUGGCUGGAGUCGCUUCGGGUUGCCUUCCAGCAGCAUCGCAGGCCUCUCAUCCAGUGUUUGCUCAAGGAGUUCAAGACCAUUCAAGAGGAGGAGUACACAGAGGAACUCGUCACCCAAGGCCUGCCCCUCAUGUUUGAGAUCCUAAAAGCAAGCAAGAAUGAAGUGAUCAGCCAGCAGCUGUGCGUCAUCUUCACACACUGUUAUGGUCCCUACCCCAUUCCCAAGCUCACAGAGAUCAAGAGGAAGCAGACCUCACGCCUGGACCCUCAUUUUCUUAACAAUAAAGAAAUGUCUGACGUGACCUUUCUGGUAGAAGGAAGACCUUUCUACGCUCACAAAGUACUGUUGUUCACAGCCUCUCCCAGGUUCAAGGCCCUCCUCUCCAGCAAGCCAACAAAUGACAACACCUGCAUAGAGAUUGGCUACGUGAAGUACCCCAUUUUCCAGCUGGUCAUGCAGUAUCUCUACUACGGUGGCCCAGAAUCACUUCUCAUUAAAAACAAUGAAAUCAUGGAGCUUCUGUCUGCCGCCAAAUUUUUCCAACUGGAGGCUCUGCAGCGACACUGUGAGAUUAUCUGUGCAAAAAGCAUCAAUACUGACAACUGUGUGGAUAUCUACAGCCACGCCAAGUUCCUUGGGGUGACGGAGCUCUCAGCGUACUGUGAAGGCUACUUUCUUAAAAAUAUGAUGGUCCUUAUUGAAAAUGAAGCAUUCAAGCAGCUCCUGUACGACAAAAAUGGCGACGGGACGGGCCAGGAUGUGCUCCAGGACUUACAGAGGACGUUGGCCAUUAGGAUUCAGUCCAUCCACCUGUCGUCUUCCAAGGGUUCUGUGGUAUGAGAUGCCCCAUCAGGCAACACUUCCCAGGAGCAAGGUUUCUGGUUCCCUCCUGCACUGACGCCACAAAAACACACAAAUUGUUCCCGGUGUCUGUCUGUACUGGGCCAAGGAGCUGCCUCCACUGCCUCAGCAUCUCUCCGGUCAGUGAACCUGGCUUCCAUGUGCUCCUGAGUGAACAACCUUCAUGAGUCUGCAGGUUAGAUUGUAGCAGAGGCUAGACCCUGCAGGCCAGCUCACAGCAGCCAAGCCACCUCCAGUGCCCAGGAGCCAUGGACACCUGCUGCCGAGGACCAUGAUCUAACAGAUGGACCAAGGCUUAAAGAGCCCUCUGCUUCCUGGUUGACUAAUGAAAAGCUCAAUGGUGUGACCUUGAAAAGCAUCACGUCACACACGAAUGACCUUGGAGGCUGUACUUGCUCAGGCAUCAGCCGCAGCGGCGAGUUGUUGAUGCUGUUGCCCAGCAGGAGGAAAUCACAUGGCAAAAUUUUUAGGGGUGGGAACUUUUUAAAAAUGUUCAUGUACAACAAACACAGAGCAGUCUCGUAGUUUCGAAUAUAUUUCUAAAAGCUUAACAGUUCAUUUUCAACCGGAUUGUGUUUAGGGAAUCUGUGUUUGGGGUUCUUUUCAUUUUUUUAGACAGUGAGUUGCAGGUCCAUGCCGAGUAAACUGGCAUCCGACAAGUUCCUGGUGAUAGUAUUCAAGGUCACAUGUUCCUGCCUUAGUGAUUCGAUCAUGGCUCCACAAAAGAGGUGCACUGCCAGUUAUCUCUAGUUAUCUCGAGUCCAAUAGUUGACAAUAACCUGCAUGCUGAUUGUGGUCUGGGGGUGAGAUUAGGGCACCCCUACAUAACGAAACAUGCAUUUGCAUGGACCAAACCUGUACAACACCAUGUUUGUGCUUUUUUUUUGUUUGGUUGGUUUUGGGGGUGUUUUGUUUUGUUUUGCCAAAGUAAGAUAUGUUCUCUCACUUUGCUAAAAGCCCAUUUGGUGAAACAAACAUAUCUGUUUCUUUUCCUGAUCAUGAAUGGCUCUGGGGAUACUUUUGCAGAAACAUGUUCAUUUCUGAUACUGAAUGGGGGUGGGGGAGCACGUCAGGGAAUCUACUAUUAAUCUCAGAGCUUUAUCUGUAUUCUCAGAAGACUGUAUUCUCAGAAGAUGUUCAUAGUUUGUUACUAGCCAGAGAGUAUGACUAUGUUAGAUUAUUUUUAAAGAUGAAAAGUGUAAGAUAGGCUUGACACACUCUGGAUUCUGAGAGUGUGCAGUCUACAAUUCUCUAUGAUGAAAGUUUAUAUUGACAGGGUUAUGUUUACUCUGCCAUAUAAUAUAUAUACUUAUAUGUAUAUAUAUGCAAACGAGAUUGGUAAAGUGCCACAAUACUCCAAAUAAUUCUUGAGUUGCGGCCUUUUUUUUUCCUCAUUCUUUAUUUUUAAUCCUAGAUACGUUAAGGUAAAAGCUAGGAGAAUGGCUCUGGGAUGGCCACGUUUUGUUGAUAACCCCAUUUCCUAGCAUGAUUUUGGGAAGUUGCGCCAAACCCUAGAGUCUAAAGGAACUUGUACCCUUUGCCUGCUGUCCUGCCCCGUCAACACCUGUCAAGGACCCGUGCCAAGUCUUGUUUCAUGGGCGUGGUGUGCGAGGUACCCAGUUUGAGUCUGUCUGCUGCAGCACCAACUCCUUUGUGAUGCAGGUCCCUGAGGCCUCUCUCUUUCAUGUAGUCAUUCAUGAGCCUACCCAGCCCUACCACCAGAUGAGGAUGGGAGCAACUGCUUGAGGUGACAGCCAAGCCACAGAGACACAAGGGUGACACGCUGUCGCUUGCCUUCAGGGCUGCUGCUCUCUAACCUAACUGGUUCUCUGUGGAUGUCUAACGCUCUCUGAACCUCCAGGGGUUGAUCUGUACAUUGGUAACUCCCACCUAGACUUCUGUUCAGUUUGGUGUGCUUUCUCUGCCAUUAAAAGAAAUUAUUCCCCAC